AUGAUUCUGACUAUUGUAACACUUUUACGCAACAGCCUUGGUGGCUUGAUGGGGUUGAAUUUUGCAAAUGGGUCCGCCAUAAGUUCACCUAUUGAUUCCAAGAAAGGAAAGAAACAGAUCACUUUCGAGGAACACCUCGCCCUCUCCUCCCUCCUCUUCCACUGGGCGGACAGUUAUGACAGCAAAGACUGGGCGCGCCUCUCUCGCAUCCUCGCGCCAGUCUUGUUGAUCGACUAUACCCAGGUUUCGGGAGAGUCGUAUCCCUCCAUGGCCGCGGCAUCGUUCGUCGCCAUGAUGAGCUCUCCGGGUUUCCUCGGUGAUCCAUUAUUGAAGACGCAGCAUCUCCUUGGUGCGUGUGAGUGGGAGAAAGUCGAUGACGAUUUUGUGAUUGCGAGACAACAGUUGAGAGCGGGACAUCUGCGGUUUGAGGAUGAGACCCAUAAGGUGGAGAAGCAGAGGGGGCAUAGCCAUGCAACCAAUGAGUUUUACUUCAGGAGGGUGUGGAUUAAGGAUGAGGAAGGGGAUCAGGGGCGCUGGGAGUGGAGGUGGGCGGGGCUGAAACCGGUGGUUAGAUGGAAUGAGUAUGACUUUGAGACAAUUUUUGGGGGAUUUGAAUGUCCGAGGGUAUGA